GUCCGGCGGGGCGGGCCGGAAGCGGCGGGCUCGUGCUGCGAUGAGGGGCAGCGGGUGCCGAGCGGCCCUGCUGGGCCGGGGCGGCGACAGCCAGGCGGGACUGCUCCCCAUCCGGGCCCCGCUCCGGACACCGCUCCCCAUCCACGCCUCGCUGCCUCCGCUGAGAGGUUUUGCUGCCACACUCAUUAGGAACUCAUAUGAUGUCAGAAGAGUUGAAAUCACUCCUCUGGAGCAGAGAAAGGUGACUUUUGAUACUCAUGCUCUAGUGCAGGAUCUAGAAGCCCAUGGCUUUGGGAAGGAGCAAGCAGAGACAAUCGUGUCAGCACUGAUAACCCUGUCAAAUGUCAGCUUAGACACAGUCUAUAAGGAUAUGGUUACACAGGCUCAGCAGGAAAUAACUUUACAGCAGAUAAUGGCCCAUUUGGACUCCAUUCGAAAAGAUAUGGUCAUCCUGGAGAAAAGUGAAUUUGCAAACUUGAGAGCAGAAAAUGAGAAAAUGAAAAUCGAAUUAGAUCAAGUUAAACAACAGCUAAUGAAUGAAACUGGUAAAAUCCGAGCUGACAGCAAGCUGGACAUAAACCUGGAAAGGAGCAGAGUGACAGACAUGUUUACAGAUCAGGAGAGGAAACUGAUGGAAGCAACUACAGAGUUCCAUAAAAAGGAUUCAAGUACCAACAGUGUUAUCUCAGAAAUCAGUAACAAAAUUGACACUGAAAUUGCUUCCUUAAAAACUCUCAUGGAGUCGAAUAAACUCGAUACAAUACGUUACUUGGCAGCUUCAGUAUUCACUUGCCUAGCAAUAGCACUGGGAUUUUACAGGUUCUGGAAAUAGAUAUAGAUGGACUGACUGCACCAAAUAAAGAUGAAGAAAAAGGCCACCCAGACAACAUCAGUUCAUGUUUGCACUGUAGAUAACCUUGGUAUAUUUUUGUUUUGAUAUUCUUACUCUGCACUAAGGAUGUUUCCUGAAUAUGUAACACUAAAGAUCAAAAUAAUGGAGGGGAAGUAGUCAAAUAGUAAUAGUUCGUGUUCUCGUAUUGAAGAAUGUAUUUAUUCAAAGGACUUCUUAUGCUAAAUGGGAAAAUGUUUCCUACUGUGUUAUUGAAUUAAUUUUGGGUUGGUUUAUUUCAAUAUUCUUAAAGGACCAUUUUCACUUUCAGCUCCUCUAGAAAUGGAAAUAUUAAAUAUGAUAUGCCCUUGAAAUGGGAAUACUGUUCCCAAGUCAGUAUUCCCAGUAUGGGAGUACUAAUGCCAGAUUCCAACAGAUCUGCUCUGAUCCAAGUAAGUUCAUCUGAAGUAUGGGAUAUGGAUUUUUGUCCUCAGUCUGUUACUCUCUUUUCUGACUGGUUGAAUCCUGGCCCUUUGUUUUAUAUUUAUAAACACACACUCCAAGGCCUGUACUAAAAAGCCCUUGUUUUUCUUGAAAUAUGGUUUACAUAAACUGAAAAUCUCAUGUAGAACUAAAAUGUCUCCAUAGAUUUCUUUUUCUAAUAGCUCUUGCGAUUUCUGUAACCCUAGAGGUCAACAGAAUGGGAGAACUUUUCUCUUUGUCUUUCCAAGGGGAAAUGCUUCCACUCUGAGCAACUGUGUGCAGCCCUGGGGCAGAUAAGUGCUCUGAACUCUCCCUUCAAGUAGUGCAGAGUAUUUCCAAUCAACCUGUAACAUGGAAAUACUCUGCAUCUCAGUGGUGCCAGUGUGGUGGUGGUGAUCCUCCUCCCAUCUCCGCACUUCUAUGGACUGUUCUGUAAUCCUGUGGGACACACUGACUCCUAACUUCUGGUGAGGACCCCUCUCCCUCCUGCCAUGCAAGGACUUCACAACCCUUGUUGCAGAGAUGGGACAUAGCAAGGGGAUGCCUUCCAAAACCAAUGCAGUUACAACUUACUGAGUACAAAUGCAUGUGCUUGGUCUGAUUCUUUCAAUCAAAAUUAAAAAAAAAAAUAUUUAAAAAAUCUUCUUGGAUUGAACUUUUAAGAGCAGACUCUUUAGGGGCUAGAGAGUACAUAGUACUGAUAGCAGCAAUUUUUUUGAAUUGCAGUUUAUUGUGUUUACAGUUGAACUUGCUCAUAUUUGCCAGUUCUUUUAUUCUGUGCGUUAAAUUAUUUAUAAUCUUCAUUUAAGGAAAUAAAACUGAUUUCUUAUAUUUGC